AUGGUCACGAAUGUUGUAGAGAUCCUCGCCUACUUCAUGGAUUGCCCAGCAGAGAGAGGCAAGGGAAAAUUCAAAGGAGGCAAAGGAGCGGCCAAAGGAAAAGGCAGACCUGGCAAGGGCUGGGGCCUAGGAGUGACCAACUUCAGUGCCAUGGGAAGCCUUGCCAGACGUAUAGAUCCUGCAGAUGGAAAGGUUUAUACCUGGGAGGAAUUGAGAUCCUUCUAUGCACCAACCUACACCAAGAAGCAGACAGAGGUCUAUUGGGAAGGAUGCCCUCCUGCAGGAGGCAGUGGCAUGCAAGGCGCAGAAUGGUAG